AUGGCCGGACCCAAUCAAAGCACAUGGGCGAACACAAGAGUGCCAGUCCGUGACGAUGAUCAAGGAAGUUUUGAGAGACGACGAGGAUGGAAGUACAGAAGCCUGAGAAUCGGACCCGUCAAGCUUCCAUACUAUGCAUCGCCAGAGUCACAGUUGAUACUGGUCUCGUUUGUCUGCUUUUUGUGCCCCGGCAUGUUCAAUGCCGUCAAUGGGAUAGGUGCAGCAGGUCUUGACGAUGACGCCCAUGCCAGUAACGCUGCUAACACUACGCUUUAUGCUACCUUCGCCGUCGUUGGAUUUUUCGCCGGUACCAUCACGAACGUCCUUGGCAUUCGAAUUGCGCUCUCCUUCGGUGGUCUGGGAUAUUGCAUCUACGUCAGUGCACUGCUUUGUUUCAACAAGACCCAAAACUUAGGUUACGUGGUUUUCUCUGGUUUCCUGUUGGGAUGUUGUGCUGGUAUUCUGUGGGCUUCCCAAGGAGCAAUCAUGAUGUCGUACCCACCCGAGAAAAUGAAAGGACGGUAUAUCUCCUGGUUCUGGAUAAUUUUCAAUAUGGGGGCUGUUAUAGGUGGUUUGGUGCAACUAGCGCUCAACUUCAACACCCGCGACGGAACUACAGCGGCAGUUACGAACGGUACAUAUAUCGGCUUCAUGAUUCUCACGUUCUUCGGCGCAUGCCUCUCUUGGACACUCAUUGAUGCCAAACAUGUCGUACGCCGCGAUGGCAGUCGGGUAAUCAUGAUGAAACACCCGACUUGGCAAUCUGAGAUCUUCGGUCUUUGGGAGACUCUCCGUACGGACCCAUAUAUCAUUCUCCUCUUCCCGAUGUUCUUCGCUUCGAAUUGGUUUUAUACAUACCAGUUCAACGACGUCAACUAUGCGCGGUUCAACGUGCGGACCCGCGCGUUAAACAACACGCUGUAUUGGUUAGCGCAGAUUUUUGGAGCUGCUGUAUUCGGGUUUGCGCUAGACUUCCCGAACGUUAGAAGAACUAUCCGAGCAAAGAUAGCCUGGGUAACGAUUUUGGUGUUGACCUUUUCUGUCUGGGGCGGAGGAUAUGCCUUUCAACGACAAUACAGUCGCGAUGAUAACAGCCUCCACUACGACUGGACCCAUGGUGGAUAUGGCGGCCCAAUGGUUUUAUACAUGAGCUACGGCUUCUACGAUGCAGCGUGGCAAACCUGCGUUUACUGGUUUAUGGGUGCCAUCUCCAACAACAGCCGCAAGCUUGCGAACUUUGCAGGCUUCUACAAAGGUAUACAAUCAGCAGGUGCGGCUAUAGUGUUCCGUAUAGACGGCUACAAGAGGCCUUACAUGGAUAUUUUUCUAUCUAGCUGGGUGAUGUUGGCUGCAAGCUUGGUUAUCGCCCUACCUGUUAUGCUUCUAAAGAUCAAAGACACAGUGCCACUUGAGGAGGACUUGAGAUUUACAGAUGAGACUAUUGAAAAUGUACUGGGUAGAAGAGAAGGCUAUCUAUUAGAUGAGCCCGAGAAGGCGUAG